AUGCCAUACACUAGCAAGCAACAAAGCGAUUUGCUGGACAGUGUUGAAAAUGGGUUGAAAAUGUGGGUUAACUAUGAAUCUAAAAUCAAGAAUUAUGGUGAACGCGCUGAUCCCUUCCCAAUCAUCAAGAAACUGCGUGAAAAGUUGAAUGCAUCUGUAAUCAGUGAUACUGAGAUACAGACUGAGCUCAUGAAUGCUUUUAACCGUAUGCGUGAUUUAAACACUCGGUUCCAAUCUUCUGGUCCUCACACUUGUUUCUUUGCCACGACUGGUCUCUUUUUCAAAUUUAUCGAGGGUGAUGCAGAUAUGCUCAAAAAACCAACUGUUGUUUUUCAGCGUCAUACAAGUAGUAAAAGUCUGCGCGCCUUUUUCGGAAAAACUUAUGACCAGAUAAAUGUUGGCGAUGAGUUGCUUUUUGUUGAUGAUCUACCAUUUGUUGAUUAUUGGGCCUUGAACCAGGAUAAAACAGGUGGUUCGAACGACUAUGCUGGCCAGCGCGGUGCUCUUAAUUACAUGUCCUAUCGUAGCGGCGAUUUUCAACCUAUGCCAAAAUUCAACAGUGUCAGAUAUCAGCUCAAGUCGGCAAAAAGUGGAAAAAAGUACAGGAUCUAUGCGCCAUGGGCAGUUGGAUUUGACCCAAAAUGCUGGAAUAUAACUAGUACAUUGUAUGCCACUAUCACUAAAGAAGUUCUACCCGGAACUGCCAACUAUAACGCUCCAAAAGGAGAGCCAUUUGACACUGAAUCGAAUGUCAAAGUAAAACGUCAUGUGGAUAUUUCCAAACCGAUCGAAAUUCCUUUAGCGCUACCUGGAAACUAUCGUGAAAAGCAAAACUUUGCCCGUAUUAUGGAUGAAAGCAGUUUAAUUAACUCUGCUCUCGAGUACCACAAUACCAGCGUGUCGGGUGUCACUUGGGCUAUCUGGAAACCCGAAUCCAAAAACCUUGGCGUCAUUAAAUUGAGCCACUUUUUGCCAUUCCACUUUGAAUUCGGUAGACUAGGAGUUGAGGAAGCCAUUUUCGAAAUCCAUAACCUUCUUAGUACUGUGCUCAAAGAUACCAAUGCUAUUGUGUUUGAUGUCCGCGGAAAUACAGGUGGCAUGUCCGAGUUUGCUAAUGGUAUCCUACAAUUUUUCAAGCCUGACUUUCAGCCAAUGCAAUCAAGGUUUCUGAUGAACAAGCUCACGUACAGCACUCUGGUUAAUGGUACGCGUUCUUUUGACACUGCUAUUGAUGCAUGGAACAAGACGCCUCCUGGCAGCAAGUAUUCUAUUCCUUACAACAUAAGUUCGUUCGAUAAAGCAAAUCUAUACGGCCAAGCCUACCUCAAACCCGUUGCUGCACUCACCGAUGCUACAUGCCGCUCUGAAUGCGAUUUGUUUGUCGCAUCCCUUCAAUCAUCUGAAACUGGGUAUGUUUUUGGCGAAGAUGGAACUACUGGUGGAGCUGGUGCCGACGUAUUCAAGCUUGAUCCGCUUCUGAUGUUUUUCGAUCCAACUGAUUUCAAAAAAAUGCCCUACUUUGACUAUCUAUCCACUGGAAAUGGCGUUGAUUAUUAUACCAACACCUUUUCAAUUGGAGUUCGGCAAGUUGUGCGUAACGGCAAGCAUCAAGGACAGCAGAUUGAAGAUGUUGGUGUCAUAUCCGACUAUAUUGUACGUCCCCGUUUAGCAGAUAUACUGCCUGGAUCCACUGAAAACUCUCAAUUGGAUCGUAUUGCCGAUCAGCUUAAAACACUGGGCGAAAAAACCGGACAGAAUAACCUCCAUUUUGCUUCAGAGCUCAUAUAUUAUGACAUUACUGGCAGUGAUGUAGAUAUAGAUGUAGAGGUUCAAGGGAUUGAUGAGCUGUCGGCCAUUGAUGAUAGCACUGGCAAAGUGCUAUCAGUUGCCAAGUUUAAAAGCGACAUAAAAAGUCAGCACAAAUUUGAACUCAAGUCUGUGAUCAAUGACCUUGGCAACAAUCGGAUCAGUAUCAUUGGCAAAGCCAAGGGUAAACAGGUUCUUAAAGCCUACAAGCAGAUUCGUCGCGAGCCAAAGCCAGAAGAAUAUUUCAAGCUUGAGCGCGGUGUCAAAUGGAGUAUUAACAGUACUUCCAAAUCUGUUGGCGUAUACAACUCAUUGUCUACGGAUAAAUCAAAGGGAUGGAACUCGAUGAACGGUACAUGGGUUAUUGGUGACGGGGUAAAGUACAGUCCUGGAAUAUUCACUGAGCUCACGGCAUAUUUUUCUGCACCAGUCGACUCUGAUGUCGAUGCCGAGUUUAACUUUACACUUCAAACUCAACAAUAUGGUGACUAUCUGAGUCUAAAUGUCAAGACCGGCGAAAAAACUCUUUCAUCGUAUUUUAAUACGAUAUUUCCUUCCAAUACGGAAUUGUUUCCAAAUGGCAUCUCUGGGGUUGACGGAGGAAAGUCUAUAGUUCCAUUUACAGUCGCAAUAGAAAAGGCUUCUAUCAGUUUCUUGUUUCGAUCGGAUCUUGCUGUCGAGAUGAAAGGAGCAACAGUCGGUUCUUUUACUCUUACUCUUAUUUAA